AGAAAGGAAAUGCCACAAAGUAGCCAACCCAACUCCAACUCAAUGUCCGAAAGCAACCCACUGGGGGCCACUUUCCGACACACUCCCAACAGCCAUCUUGAGAUCAAAAUCCAACGGCCCACGUUCUCCCGGAUCCCAACCCCGCCAUUUAAAUCCACUUCAUCAAAUUACUCUGCAUUCCUUUCUUCCUCCUCCCUUUCUCCCCCCCUUCUCCUUUGCCGGAUUCCAUUUCCAACAAAAUUCCCGGAGUAAAUCUAGAUUUUCAGAGAGAAAUCAGGGGCGGACCCAUCUCAAUAUUCUCCAUACCCAUCUCUUUAACUCGAUUUGUUCCUGUAAUAAACCUCCAUAGUCACUGUCUUUUUGAAUUCACUUUCUCCUCUGUUUUUGUUUUGAGUUUUGAUGAGUUUAUUCUGCUUUUGGCAUUAUUGUAUAGAGACACCAAGAGAAACCCUUUAGUGUAAACCUUAAACAUACCCCCAUUAGCUAGAUCUGUUUCUGUAAAGUCUUAAUUAAUCAGUUUUGAUAGCUCUAUUGUGUAAAGUUUUUCUCUUGUUCUUCAUAGGUUUUUGAAGAGUGAUUUUUAGUUAGUUCUAGUUCGAAACUUCAGAUCAUGGCGCCGAGCACGAUUCGGAAGGCGAUCGGGGCGGUGAAGGACCAAACCAGCAUUGGGAUAGCUAAAGUAGCGAGCAACAUGGCGCCUGAAUUGGAAGUCGCCAUUGUUAAAGCCACGAGCCACGAUGACGACCCCGCCGGGGAGAAAUACAUCCGGGAAAUUCUCCAUUUAACUUCCAUGUCCAGAGGUUAUGUCAACGCCUGCGUGUCGGCGGUGUCCAAAAGGUUAGGGAAAACCCGUGAUUGGAUCGUGGCCCUCAAGUGUUUGAUGCUUAUCCACCGGUUAUUGAACGAAGGUGACGUCAUUUUCCAGCAGGAAAUCAUGUAUGCUACCAGGAGAGGCACGAGGUUGUUGAACAUGUCGGAUUUCCGGGACGAGGCGCAUUCCAGCUCGUGGGAUCACUCGGCGUUCGUUAGGACUUACGCGUUUUAUUUGGAUCAGAGGUUGGAGAUGAUGGUGUUUGAUAAGAAGCAGCAGAGUGGAUCUACACCUGGUGAGGAUUCCAGGUGGAGAUCGCCUCCGGGUCCUACUAGAGGGGGAUAUGAUUAUGAUUAUAAUGAGUUUAGGGAUGAAGGUAGCUAUGGAGGAGGAGGGAUGAGGAGGACUAGGUCCUCUGGUGACGUCAGGGAAUCAAGGGAUGAGAUGAAAAAUGUAACCCCUUUGAGGGAAAUGAAGCCGGAGAGGAUAUUCGCAAAGAUGGGGCAUUUACAGAGGCUAUUGGAUCGGUUCUUGGCGUGUCGGCCCACCGGUUUAGCUAAGAACGAGAGGAUGAUUUUGGUGGCAUUGUACCCUAUGGUGAGGGAAAGUUUCAAGCUCUAUGGUGAUAUAUGUGAGGUUCUGGCUGUUCUGUUGGACAAGUUCUUCGACAUGGAGUAUGGAGAUUGUGUGAAGGCAUUUGAUGCUUAUGCCAGUGCAGCAAAACAGAUUGAUGAAUUGGUCGGUUUCUACAAUUGGUGCAAGGAUAUUGGUGUGGCCAGGUCAUCUGAGUACCCAGAAGUUCAGAAAAUUACCAGUAAACUGUUGGAGACAUUGGAGGAAUUCUUGAGGGAUAGGGCUAAGGCUGGAAAAAGUCCUGAGAGGAAAGUGGAGGCUAUUGAGGAGAAACAGGAAGAGGAGCCCUUGCCUGAUAUGAAUGAGAUUAAGGCCUUGCCGGCGCCAGAGGAUUAUAAUCCGGCCCCCCCACCUGAGCCCGAGCCCGAGCCCGAGCCCCCUAAGGUGCCUGAGGUGACUGGAGAUUUAGUUGAUUUGAGAGAUGAUGGGAUGAGUGCUGAUGAUCAAGGGAAUAAAUUGGCUUUGGCACUGUUUGCUGGGCCUGUAUCUAAUAAUGGGAAUGGCUCAUGGGAGGCAUUCCCCUCAAGUAAUGGAGAUGACGGGGUGACAUCAGCUUGGCAGAAUCCAGCUGCUGAGAGUGGAAAGGCUGACUGGGAAUUGGCCCUUGUUGAAUCCGCCAGCAAUUUGUCAAAACAGAAGGCCGCUAUGGGUGGUGGGCUUGAUCCAUUAUUAUUGAAUGGAAUGUAUGAUCAAGGGAUGGUUAGACAGCAAGUGAGUACUUCCCAAAUAAGCGGUGGAAGUGCAAGUAGUGUGGCAUUGCCAGCACCUGGGAAGACACCUGUUUUGGCUCUACCUGCACCGGAUGGAACUGUCCAGGCUGUUUCACAAGAUCCAUUUGCGGCUUCUUUGAGCAUUCCACCACCUCCAUAUGUACAAAUGGCUGACAUGGAGAAAAAACAGCAAUUUUUAGUGCAGGAGCAAGUUGUUUGGCAACAAUAUGCUAGCGAAGGAAUGCAAGGUCAAUCUAGUUUGUCCAAGAUUACUUCCGGAGGAUACUAUGCUGCUCCUCCAGUUGGGCUGCAACAACCUCCAAUGGGGAUGGUUCCCUAUGGAAUGCCUCCCACAUAUGGAAUGGGAAUGCCACCAGCUGCUCCAGCAGGGUAUUACUAUACUCCAAUUUGAUUGUUUAGUUGAUACAGUUUUUUGUUUUUUGGCUUAGAUUUUUCUUUUCCACUGUAUUUUAAUGUGACCUUAUUCUUGCAAUUUGUUGAUGAUGCCAAUGGUGGUAGAGAGGAGGGAAAGGGGAGGAAUAGUAGUAUUCUGAUAUUAUGGGUAUGGAGAUGGUUAGAGAGGGUGUUUGAUAUGUUUUUACCUCUUGCUGCUUCCUAAUAGUAGUUGGAAAAACUCUUGGCAUUAUUCUAUGUUUAAUUUGUGAUACCAUUGGUGUUUCACAUUGAUAUUCAUUCCAUUCUUUACAUCUAAUCUUGUCAUUGAAAUAAUUUUGUUCAUACUUGCUGGUUGGUCUGUCAAAAUUUGAUGAGUAAAAAUGUUAAAAUUCCCGUCUUGUUCCAUUCUAGUGGUCUGGUUUAGAGUCUAUAUUUCAUGUGCAUAUCGUUAUUGACUGAAUUUGGUUUUCUUUGCUUGAGUAAUUAAAACUGUACUCAAAAUGGUAUAUAAUGAUGUUUAUGAUUGUCAAAGGGCACGGAAUCAAUCCUCAUAAAUAUUAUAACCUCAGUAUCGUUAGUAGAUGGAAACAUUUGUGUUGUUACUUGGGGCCAUUAAUUUAGUGAUUACAUAGAAAUUUUGAGAAUUUUAUUCUUCAAUUGACCAUAUGGGAUGAAGCAAAGUUUUUUGCUAUAAUCCUUCUUGAAAUGCAUUAAUGCUUUGUGUUACCUUUGUUUCCUUGGCUAUAAAUGCAAAGCUUGCAUGCUCUGCUUCAUUGGGUCUUUCGUGAAUGAUGAACCUCCGAGCUUAGUUGUUUAUUUUUGGAAUUGAGUUCGAUCUCCAGUGAGGACUGUUUCUGACCCUCAUAUUGGAAUUCACUAAACACGGUAGCUGUAAUCAUAAACAAUGAUGUAGAAACAGUGAAAAGUGAUUCAACCUUAGGUGGCAUUGGAAUAAUCUGUGAGUUUAUUUUCUCUCCAAACUAAUGAUUGAUGAAUACAACAACAUGAAGAUUGAAGAGGUGUUGAGUCUGUGCUUGGAAAACUAUGGGUGUGCGAUUAGAUGGAAUAGAUGCCUUGUUCCCUCUUUACUAGAGAUACUUUAACUUAUGUCACCAGAUACUGUGUCAUUUACUAUUUCCUUUGGUUCAAGUGAGGUUAAAUUUAAAGUCCAAGUAGGACUCUGGUUCCUAUCCAAACUUUUAAAGCUUUUUUUUAAUCCAACAGUUGUUGUAUAUGGGGGAUCUAGACUGUCCAUCAAAUAAAGUUUUCAAUUUUAUUUCAACCGGUUUGGUUUUGUACAAGUAUGUGUGUCAAUAUAACAACAUAUGAUCCACAAGUAACAUCAUGUUGAUCUGAAGUAAUGCAGGGUUAAUAUUUUGAGAAAGGUGUAUGAAUGAUCCUUUUUGGAAAUGCAUUUGUGAAAGUGGAAAUUCAAUGGACGACUAAAAAUUGAUGAAAGAAUGGAAGUGUCCAGUUCGGUUUGUGUUGGGAAGGAAUAGUAGUAGAAGCCAGGGAGUGAGAAGCUUCCAAGUCAAUUGUAGCGUACUAACUUUUGAUUCCUGCUGCCCUUCCUGUUUCUCCAUUCCUCUUUGGUCGAUUUGGGAUCCCUCUUUUCCUCUGCUGUUUGUGAUCAAAUGCUUGAUUGACAGCAAAUACAAACAAAGCUAAUUUAUUCCACAGUUCUUAUGUGUUAUCCAAACUUUAGUAAAUUGCAUCCUCAUUGGUCCUGAACCUUCUCCUACACAUUCUUUUCUCGCUCCUGGACGCACAACCCUUGUGGAAUCUGAUCAACUACGCGUCAACUCGUGAUGAAUUUUCUUUAUUUUUAUUUUUAUUUUGGUUUUAAUUGGCUGCCUACCCUCAAGACAAAAGUCCAAUGUGAACCAAAAAAUAAACACCGAAAACGUCUGCUAAUUAAUUGUGAGAACACAUGGGAUUUGCUCAUUUGCAGCUGUCUCACAAUUAUGAAGAAAAAACCUUUUGACUUAAG